CGCAUUAGGCCGUGUGGUUGUGCGAAUAAGCUUAAGGUAGUCGGUUCGAAAACGUGGACGCUUCUGUCGCUUGAAAACAAUAACAAACCCACGUGAAGGGAAAGUGGCAGUGUGAGCUGUAGCAAGAAUUAUUGUUAUUAUUUAAUUGUACGAGUUGAUGUUUACGAGGCAAGGAUGAGGAUGCCACAGGAAAAGGGACAGGAGAGUGAAGAUGGAAAAACUGAAGCAAAGCAGGAAUUGUCAGGCAUAGUUCCAGAUGUCGCCGAAUUUGCGCCUGUUGAGAAUCCAGGGCCGCUCUCCCUGGAACACUUGGGACCUGACAAGGAGUUGUUUAUUGUCAGAAUGCCUUAUGGGAUGGUACAACCACCAAAACUAGCCAAUGUGAACCUUACCCUUGAUAGCAAAAAGAAACGAUCUGUUCAGAUUGACAAUCAUUUGCUAAGUGUCUCGGCCUAUGAAUCAUCCACAGUGGGAUCAACACCAAGCAUUUUCCUUCCAGAUGAUGAUGGGGAGCUUCAUCAGGUUAAGCUGAACAUUGCAGGUCAAAUAAUCCUGAAACAUGAGCCACAGAGUUCCAGUGACAACCCAACAAUAGAUAUAAACACUUUGAGGGCAGUGAAGCAUCAGCCACCUUCAGAUAUACAAGAGAGAAACUUCUUGAGUAGAUCAAUAACUGAAAAAAGAAUUCUAGUACAGGCAACAGAGGAGGAAACCCCAGAAGAGAACCCAAAAAAGAAGAAGAAGAAGAAGAAAAAAAAGCAAGAAGAAGCUGAGAUUGAAGAAAAUAUGGAGGAAGAAGUCAGCAUAAAGCCUCCCAAAAAGAAAAAGCACAAGAGACAAAGUCUGCUGAAUGAAGAAGCAUAAAUUGUUUAUCUUUUAUCCUCUUUCCCUUCUCCAUAAUUGUUCUGAAUUUCUCUGUCUUCCUCUACCCAUUUCUUCCAUACUUGCUGGACUGUUGUAUAAUAAAAGCACUAUAGAA